CCGUGUAGGCCGCAGUGAAGCCUGAACUCGAGUAGGGCCCAAGCCAGCCAGGAAGGAGGAGGCAGCCAGAGUGUUCUCUGCAGCAGAAGACCUCUUGCUGCCCUGCUCAACCCAGACCAGCAUUUGCCAGCUGACAAGCAACAGGCUGGUACAUCCUAGCAGUGUUCUCUCCACUGUCGUCACUGAAGGCAAGAUUUCCUUGUGUACAUUUCUCUUUGUUGCUGUUGUUAGGCAUCUAGUACAUUCCAUUGCCCUUGAUUAGUUUACAGGGAAAGAGUGUGUGUGUCAUAAAAGUAGAGAGGAACAGGCAGAACGAGCAGAAGGUUGAUUUACAACAGGUUUUAUUGUGUGGCUGGAGGUUGGGUCAGGGGUGUAGCAAGGUUGGAGUGGGCCCAGAGACAAGAUUUUAAAAUGGGCCCCCCCGCUGAUAUACACACACAAACACACUUCACACUAUCUAGUGCACUCACACUCACAUCCCCAUUAUGAAUAUGGUGAAUACUUAGUUCACAUUGAAUUGAGUUUCUUUUACUCUCUGCUCCUGCCGAUCUCCAAGAGACACAACAUAAUUCAUAGGGGGUGCAACAUGGGUGGGCGAGGAGUCAUGUGAUCUGCCUCUGGGGAUCCCCUCGAAGCAGUGGGGCCCCAAGACAACUGCUUCCCCUUGCCUAAUGGUAGUUACGCCCCUGGGUUGUGUGGUAUCUGGUAGCUUCACUUAGGGGCCUUGAUUCCUUGUGUACUGUAUUUACCUGAACAGAUGCCAACUCUGAAUUUAAGACAAUGCCUUAGAAGAUAGCAGUUAAAUACAAGUUAUACCUGUGUUUACUCAAAGGAAAGAGGACUUUGACUCUUAAGAUGACCCCCCCCAUUUAGCAUGAAAGAACUAGGGGGGAAACAUCAUCGUAGAUUCAGGCCAAUUGGGUCCCUGGGCAUAUAAAACUUGAAGGCAUGAUACAGGAAGCAGAGCUGGAGGAGAGCUACCCAGGCAAAUUCAGAGGCUGGAACAAACCAGAAAGAUGCCAAAGAAGCUCUUCUCAUUUCUUCGCUUCUUGGUGCUCUUGCUUGGCUUUGCAAUCAUUUGCUUAGGAGCCUUUUGCAUCUCUACAGAUGCCUCGGCCUGCAAGUGCAAUAGCUUGCCAGUUGCAUAUUUCCUAUUACCCUUGGGGUUCUUUCUUCUCCUUGUUGGGAUUUUCUGGAGCACUUACCAUGAGGCCAGCAAGCACAAGAGCUUAUUCCGCAGCAUUCUGCAGGAAAAUCCGAGAUCGCGCAAUAGUGACAUUUAUACCAUAGACAGGCCUGACUUUUACCCUCCAUCUUAUGAGGACAGCACUGAUCCUGAAAAGCAGACUUUCCCACUGCCAGUCUGUCACCUGCAGCAAGAGAAGGAUAUGUACAACAUGCCUCCACCUCUGUACACGGAAAGCAGCCUGGAGUUUAUUGAGGAAGCCAGCCCUCAGGGUCAACACCCACCGUCAUAUGAAGUUUCGGUGCAGCAGCAAGCUGCCAAACAAGACUGUGCUUGAAGAGACUUCUCAUUGCUAAUGAAGCAGGCUGUCAAAGGACUCGAGGAGGAGAUAAGCCAUGCCUUUUCUGGGACAUAGGCAAUAGAUAGGGCACUGUGUGCAAAGUGCUGUUCAGGACAACAGAGGACAGUGCUCUUCCACCCACUGGGUGCAAAGAGAGUCCUGAGAUAGCACUCAGUGAUUGGCCAUGUGGCAUUAGAGAGGUUAUUUCAGAAACACCAGCAAAACCUGGUGUAGCUAAGGUUCUGGAUGAUGUGUAGUAUAUUCUAGGCCCACUGGCUGAUUGCAACAUGGGAUCUCUGUGUUUACAUCUUGUGGUGUUACUCUGCCCAUAUUAAGAAAUCAUUGAAAGAACCAAUGUUAUCAAGGGCAACAACAGAAGCAGGAUGAGGUACAAAAGACAGGGAUGUUUCUGGGGCAGGAGGCAAGACUAAAAAAGAAAUCCAAAGCAAAACAUUGUUGUCUAGUGAUGAAUGAGGGAGACAUAAAUACAGUGAGUGAGAGAGAUAUCAGCUGUGUUGUUAAUGUGGGGGACAUGUUUUAUUCUGCCUUUGGCAUUUACAAGUAAAAGAGGCUUUCCCCCAAAGCUGAAAACUCUUAAGCAGCCUUAUUUGCUCUGUGGGCAUUCUUCUGUGCCAAAAUGAAAUGCAUAGGCCUUAUAAUAGUGAUUUGGCAAGAUUUAAUGAAAUUAAGACUAAUUCGUACUGGACAACAACAUUCUAUAGUCCAGGAAAGCUGAAAGACUAGUUUAAGCUCAAAUGGUAUAACUUAAUGAUAUAUGUAAGUUAAGCCAUUUAAAUACAUAUCCUUCUGUUUAUUAGUUUAAUCACAUUAAUCUUGUAUUUAAUCACUGUAGCACUUCUGGUCAAGAUCUGUACCUGGGACAUAUGGACCUAAAGGCCUGUUCAGACAUUAAGCUGCACUUGUGUAUAGAUGUCUGCACACAUGUAUAUAUGUUGGUGUGAAUGACCAUACCUGCAUUCAUUUAAAAAAUAAACAUGGGUACAGGCCCCCUCAGAAGCAAGGUACAGUAGUACAAUGCUUGUACUACUCUACAUGUGUUUUGUGUGUGAAUAAUUGUACAGGUGGACCUCGUUAUCCACAGGGGUUCCGAUCUCUGCUAGAACCGCAGAUAACAGAACUGUGAAAAAUGAGACCUUGAGGCUAUGGGAAUUGGGGAGUUAGGUUUCUGGAGGUUUAAAAAGUGCUUUAAAAUUGCAGAAAUAAUAGUAAUAAAGAGUCAUACCAUGCUCUGUGGGUUUCCAGCUGUCCCAUGGCCCCCAAAAGCCCAGAUAGUGGGUUUUUUUAAAAAGAGCCACAAAAUGGCUCUUUUCAGCAAAAUGGUGGUCAGAAAUGACCUCAGAGGUCAUUUCCAGCCACCUAGGAACCGUAGAUAUGUGGAUUUUACCACCCCCACCCUACGCAUAUACCGAGGUCAGGUCUUCAUCGUCUGACCAUGGAUAUGCGAAACUGCAGGUGUUGGGAAUGUGUGUGACAAGGUCCACCUGUAUAUGCAUACAGAUUUGUACAUAUAUACACUGUACACAGAUUGUACAUGAGUUGAACAUAACAUUUGAAUAGGGGCUUAGGUUACAGUGUAUUUGCCCCAACCAUAAAGGCAUGUGAAAAAAAGCAUUUGUUGUAUAACAUAAGAUGCAAUAUGCUGCUAAGCACCUUUUCUUUUUUCAGUCUCAUUUUCUUUUUAAAAAAAGGAUAAUCAUCUUCAAUAAUGUAUUAGAAAAUUUUCCAUUAUGUACCCCUUGGUUACCCCACUCCAACUGGCUUCCAGACCAGAUCUUAAAGAAAAAGUUCCUGGUUAAACAUAACUGAAUUCUAGAUAAGAUUUUAAGAGCUCGUUAAAACACAGGUAAAACAAAGAUCUUACAAACUUGAGCAAAUGCAUUUCAGUGUUAAAACAUCAUUGUCAAUGCUCUAUCUCGAACAGCUCUUUAAGAUCUGUUUAAGAGACAAUGAAAUUUAUUGGUCUAUAAAAAAAACUUGUUCUGUAGAGUCAUCUCCUCCUCUUCCCCUCUUUUUGGAUUGGUUUCAGUUGAUGUAUUUAAUCUCAAGAGUUUCCAGCUGUUUGAGAUAGAGCAUUGUCAAUGAUGUUUUAAUAUUGAAACAUGGUUGCUCAAGUGUGUAUGAUCUUUGUUUUACCUACGCUUUAAAGAGGUCUUAAAAUCUUAUCUGGAUUAAGGUAGACUGUGUAUAUCAUUACCACUAUAUUGUCUCAUAACUGAACUGUUUCUAGUUAAAAUAGCCAACUAGGAUAUGGAAUCCAUGGACACUUUCAUUAUAAAAAAUACCAGUGAAUAGUGUGCCUUAUGUCAAUAUUCAUUAAUAUCUCCUGUGGAGCUUAGGCACCAACUUUGUUUUCUGUUAGCACUGGCUAACUUGGGGUGGGGGGUGGGGAAGGAAUUUCUUGGUUAACUAUCUAACAGUUUUACUUUUGGAUGGUAAUGGAAUCUUUGUACUGUGUUUGAGGUUAUCUGGUUUACAUACUGUUUUAAUAUUUCAUUGCACUCACUUUUUUACAAUAAAGUUUUGAAUUUGAA